CUUUUAUCAAUAAAACCAAAGUUUAACAGGUCUUUGCUUUCACAGCGCUGCUCUUUGAUGGCCUGCUGUCUGUCGUCCACAUCUCCGAUGAUGGGAUGAGCAUCUUGGAGCCGCUGAAGAUUACAGACACUCAUGUGGUCGUGAAGGUCCCUCACCUCUCUGCCUUGGGUCUGAUCUGGGAUUUCGUUAGAAGAUUUGUGAACUUCUCACUGCCAAUAGAGGCCCAAGUUCUGCUGUUCCUCCGGCCUCCGGACAUGGGGCCUCAAGUACUAGAUGUUUUACUGCUGCCUGGCAACGUCCUUCUGGAUGAGGUUGAGAGGAAACAAAGAGGUGCUAAACACAUUAGGAUCUCUUCCAAGUGCCGUCUCAGCAUUGAUCAAAGUUACAGUGUCCACUGUGAGCCUGAGGGCUUUAAGAUCCAGCCUGAGCUUGAAAGGUUUAGCUCAGACUACGGACCAAACUACCAUCCAACAUUUGAAGUUUUCCUGGAGACGAUCCCAGAGAAUGUGACGUUGAUGAUCCAGGACCGAGACAGGAGACAAGUCUGGAGACGGGACGUGUCUUUGAAAGGUCGUACUGGGCCAAAUCCAGGGAGGAAUGACCCAGCAGAGGACAGUGAUCCCCUAGAAGACAAGCUGUUUUGGGUUCGGACCCAGUUUGUAACCCGAGUGUCUGAUCCAGUUCUGAACCAGCUUCUGGAUAACCUCCUUGAGCGUGGUGUUCUAACUGACGGUGAAAUGCAGUCAGCCAGAACACGAGGCAGAGCUGACAAAGCCCGAGACGUGAUGGACACGGUGAGAAGAAAAGGACGUGAGGCCAGCUCAGUUCUGGUCGCUGCUCUCCGUGAGGUGGAUCCAGUCCUCUCUAGAGAGCUGAGAUUAAUCUGAAGCACCAAAC